AAAUGGAUUUCUCGGUUCAGUCACAGAGUCGCGCCGGGUCGAGCGACAGCUCGACAACUUUGCGUUUGAUCUCCGGUCGUUGGCGUUCGCGAACGCGUUUGACGACCCUCGGCUCGGAUGCAGCUGGUCCUAUACUCUCGGUUUAGGAGUCAGGAUCUUCAAACGAAAAACGACGAGUUCGGUGACAGGUACUUAUCACUAUCACUCGCCGUCUCGAAUUGAAUCCGAUACAAGCCCGAUCGAUCGGAGGGAAGAAGAGGCCCCUCUGAAAACGCGAUUACGUUAGUGCAACAUCGUACAACAGAAACGCGGUGGAAAUCCCCGCGUGCCUCUCCAUUUUCGCAUCCGUGUAUAUCGUCGUAUUUACACCCUUCCCGUUCUACCUUCUCCCUCCGCGUUGUUUCGCUGUCCUCUUUCGCGUCGCGAGGUGAUCUCUUUCGAUAGCUGAUAGAUCGAAGGGUCCAACAACGGAGUUCCUUCUUCGUCGAGCGGAGCGAGCAGGUGCGAGACGAAACGUCGUGGCGUGAUAUAUCAUCGCCGGGCACAAUGGCUUGCGAAUUCUUUAAGUUAUCGCAAUGGAUACGCAAACGGUAAAAAGAGGAGAGCAUGAUCGGAGAGGAUGAUCGGAGAGGAUCACCACUGAUGUAUGUACGGCUUCCGUCUGUCUUUGGGCGCAGCUUGAACGAUGGCCGAUUCACGCGGCUUCAAGCCAAUAAACCAGUUGUGGCAGAGCGCGACGACAGUGCCGACGGAUCAGGAUUCGGAGUGUCUUUACGAGGAGAUCCCGGGCCUCUCGGGCCCCCAGGAUACGGAGCAGCCGGCAGCUGGUGCCGGCGUUGGACGCACGGUGCAAGGGGAGGAGGACGAGAACGUCGGCGGCAGCAGGGGAAGUCUCGACUUCGGGGUCCAGGUUGGAGGUAGCGGCGACUGGUGGGGCGAUCAAUCCGGGGGAGGCCGGGAGGACAUUGUCGCCGGCAGCGGUGGUACCAUCCCCCGUAGCAGGACCCUCGGCAGGAACGGCCGGUCGGAACGAUCAUCGGGCGCGAGUGGCGGUGCGAGAUCGCGCAGCGGAUCGGCCGAUCGGCGUCGGCCUUCGGAUCGGGCACGUCAGCAGGACAUCGUCGUCGUCAGCAGGGUGGAGGAAGAGCGGUAUGCCGCGCACAGGAUCCGCGUGGACCCCGGUACAGGCGCCGUAUUGCCGCCUCCUGCGGCUCAAGGCCACAAGCUGACCAGGGGGCGAUCAACGAGCCAGAGCACCGUCGCCCGUUACUUGCACUCGGCCAGCACCAACGCCUCGGCGACGCAUCACCAUCAUCACCAUCACGGCGUGCACGGCCAAUAUCCACCGUCAGCCGGCGCCAGGUCGACCGGCAGCAGGCACCGCCAUCAUCACUCUAGCCGCGGCGCGUUCAGUAAUGAGACGCAGGAAGAGGUACAGGAAGACGAUGAAGCCACUCUACGGGAGUUGCUCGUAAGUGUCGGUGUGCUCGACAAUGUUGUCGAUCUGCUCGCCCGUACGAAUCAGCGAGAUUCACGCGGGGAUUAUGUGUGUGGGAACAGUCUGCAGAAACAGGUCAGCGUUAUGAGUAUGAACUUGAGUGCCAAGCUGGACGAGCUGCAGCGGGGUGACCGCCAGCUGGAGACCACCGUCGCUCUCUGCGAGAUCCGCACGCAGCUGCAGGAGCUCACGAAGAGCGUAGAGUCUUGUCAGAGCGAGGUCAGCGAGGUGAAGCGGGACAUGGUUGCGAUUAAGCACGAACUAGAUACGGUACAGCAAGUUAAGGAAGAGAUAGAGGAAUUACGGGAGUACGUGGAUCGACUGGAAGAGCACUCCCAUCGGCGGAAACUUAGACUACUGGAGCAGGGACUGACACUUUUCCUAUCGUAUGCGAUAUUGGCAGCUGUAUUGGGAAUGUUGCAGUUUGGAUACAAUACUGGAGUGAUUAACGCGCCUGAAGUGAAUAUAGAAAAUUUUAUGAAAGAUGUGUACAAGGAUAGAUACGGAGAGGAUAUUUCGGAUGAUUCUGUCAAGACAUUAUACUCCGUGGCCGUGAGCAUAUUCGCGAUCGGUGGUAUGGUGGGUGGUUUCAGUGGAGGAACAAUCGCCAACAGAUUUGGCAGAAAGGGAGGCUUACUGCUAAACAACGUGCUGGGCAUCGUGGGGGCGUGCCUGAUGGGUUUUACGAAGCUCGCUGAGUCGUACGAGAUGUUGUUUUUCGGACGGUUCAUCAUCGGUGUCAAUUGUGGCUUGAACACCUCGUUGGUUCCCAUGUACAUAUCGGAAAUAGCGCCAUUGAACCUGAGAGGCGGCCUAGGCACGGUGAACCAGCUCGCUGUUACGGUGGGCCUCCUGGUCUCCCAGGUGCUGGGCAUCGAGCAAAUCCUUGGAACAAACGAGGGUUGGCCCGUUCUCUUAGGACUAGCUAUCUGUCCUGCCAUUCUACAGCUAUUGCUGCUUCCAGUUUGCCCGGAAUCUCCAAGAUAUUUGCUCAUUACUAAACAGUGGGAGGAAGAGGCUCGAAAAGCUUUGAGAAGGUUGAGAGCCAGUAACCAAGUAGAAGAAGACAUUGAAGAGAUGAGAGCGGAGGAACGAGCUCAACAAGCUGAGUCUACAAUCUCAAUGACCGAGCUUAUAUGCAGCCCAACUUUAAGAGCACCUCUCGUUAUUGGUGUGGUUAUGCAACUUUCGCAGCAGCUUUCGGGUAUCAAUGCCGUAUUUUAUUAUUCCACGAAUCUGUUCACUAGUUCUGGUUUAACGGACGAGAGUGCCAAGUUUGCAACCAUUGGCAUUGGUGCCAUUAUGGUUUGUAUGACGCUAGUGUCCAUCCCGCUCAUGGAUAGGACAGGAAGGCGUACAUUGCACUUGUAUGGUCUCGGUGGCAUGUUUAUCUUUUCAAUAUUCAUCACAAUUUCGUUUCUCAUAAAGGAGUUCUUUGGCUAUGUGCAGGAAAUGAUUGACUGGAUGUCCUACAUCUCGGUGGUGUCCACUCUAUGCUUCGUCGUGUUCUUCGCCGUGGGACCCGGAUCCAUCCCUUGGAUGAUCACGGCGGAACUGUUCUCGCAAGGCCCCAGACCCGCCGCCAUGUCCAUCGCGGUCCUCGUCAAUUGGUUGGCUAAUUUUUUGGUUGGCAUCGGUUUUCCAAGCAUGAAGACUAGCCUUGAAAACUACACGUUCCUACCGUUCAGUGCAUUUCUAGCCAUCUUCUGGAUCUUCACGUACAAGAAGGUUCCUGAGACCAAGAAUAAAACAUUCGAAGAGAUUCUAGCUUUAUUCAGGCAUGGUAACGACAGGAGCAGCUUGCGGGACAGCAGACUUUAUGGUUGUGUUUGCAGCUGGAUCCGAGCGCUCUUCCGUCGCUCCCGCUCAGCCGGAGAGACCACCGCCCCCGCUUCCCCCGCCACGCUUUCCGAACAGCGGUGUCUGACAAUGGGAAACAGCUCCUCUUAAUAUCGGUAACCUAGUGAUCAUGAACGCGCCGAUACCGCUGCCGCUGCUGCUCACCACCAGCAGCCUUAGCCUAGAGAACCAGCUGUACGAGAUCAUCACCGAGAGCAGCAAGGCCUGCGCGGCCUUCCUCCGGAACAGUCUGCGGCGCGCGACCAGCCUCGGCUGGACGGCGACCGAGGGCUUCGAGACGACGGGGAUGACGACGGCGACGAGGACGACGAGCGGCGCGAUAAUAUGCAGCGAGCAGUGAGAGGAGAAAAACUGGAAACUGGAGAAAGAAAAAGGGAAACAAAAAAGAAAACGCGAAGCGGAGUAUUGCGAGAAACCCCAUAAUUGGGCGAAUACAUUGAGUGACGAGUGUUCCUCGUUUUUUCGAUCAAUCGCGAUCUCUCUCUCUCUCUUUGUGUAUGUCUGUCUGUCUCUAUCUCUUCGCGAGUUGCGAAUUAGUUCAAUGAAGAGCGUGGGGGAUCGAUCGGGGCAAUUUUUUUUAAGAAGAAGAGUAUUUGUGAGGAUGAAUGAGGCACCGCGAUUAUUUCUUUCAAUGACGUUCAACCGAACGUCGCAUCGCUUCUUAAUCGUUUCGUGAUAUUUAUGUAAUAAGUAUAUAAAUUGCGAUUUGCGACUUCGUAAGGAUUAUUAGACUCGUCGUUGGGAAAAAUUCCGGUGUCUGAAAUUACCUCGAUCGAGCCUACAUCUCGAUGGUGCUUAGCGACGAUAAAUUAAUUCGGGGGAUGUCGUGAGAAAAUGUUUCGAAUAUACAAAACGAAUACGCUAAGAAGUAUAACUUUGAAAUCGCCUGGUGGGUUAAAGUCGAAAAAUGCCUCCUUCUCGCAGGAGUGGAAGUCUUCUCUUCCCUCGGGCAUUCGAGUCGGAAAAAAGUCGAUUAGGAUGAGCAUGGUAGAUUAAUCGAAAUGUUGCGAAAGUGAUUUGUGCCUAGACGAGUACGGGAAAAAUAGAAAAAUGGUGUAGAAGAAUGGCCGCAAGUAAUCAUGCACUUGAUUUGAUAUACGAGUACUCGGAACUUUGUGCGAACAUCGAAGGAUAUCGAAAUGUGAAUCGGCAGACACACACACCCACACACACACGCAUAUGAGAAGGCAGGGGAAGGGGGAAACAAGCUUGUUGAAGAACGAAGGGUCGCAUCCCCUUUCCCCAUUUUGCGUAACACAACACCCCUUCGUCCUCGAGAGAGAGAACGAAGCACGACGAACGUGUAUAUCUAUAUAAUACCUCUUCACUUUUUAUAUCAUUAAUUUUCUAGGACUCAUGUGUCGGGACUAUGUGUCGUUUUUUGUAUUACACUCUGUCCUCUCUGUACGAUUCAUCGCGACGUGUAUUUAUUAAGCCGCGCGCUGUUACUCUUCCGCGACGACGAUAAUAGGAUGGGAUUGGGAUGAUAGAGAUGUGCGAGCGCGACUGCCAUAAAAAAACCCGCAACAAAUUCAAAAGAUUACGCGAGCUGCCCUCGAGACACUGUGAUAUUUUCUUUUCGUCGUUUCCGGCGUUUGAUCCCGGAAUUAUCGAGAGCGAGUGUACAUGGCUAUAAUAUAAUAUAUGCCGGGGAGAAACGGUACCGAAUAUUCGUUCGCUUCGCGGAAAGGACUGAUUAAUUUUCCGAAUGAAUGAAGAGACGAUGAACGAUUUGAAAGGCGUUUAAAAACGAUGAAAAUUUCGUCGGUAGUAAAGGGGGUACAUCGAACCUCCGAUGAAAAAAUUGGGGAGUUAAAAGGAAUUGAGAUAUAUAAAAAUUCCUCUGCCGAUUCCUUUUAAAUCCGCCUGUUUUUUUCCGUUCCGAGGGAAGGCUAGCGAUUUUUUCGAAAUUCACGAAAUCAAAGGAGAAAAGGGAAAAAAAGGGAUAUUUUACCUUGCCUUUAUAUAAUAAGUCGCGGUGCGUAACAGUGCGUUUAACGAACAAGUAUAGCGAUUUCUCGUAUAUCGAAGAUCUCAAAUUGGGCAUCGACCAAACUACAUUAAAUUAAUGUCAAAAGAAACCACGUGGAAUUAUUAGCUUAUCUUUCGAUUUAGCCGCGACCUCGACAACGUUCGCGAUCACGUCGAACUCAUACGGUGCCUCUCGACGACCGCAGUAUAUAUUCACGAAAAACUAUUAAUCAACCAUACUUUAUCUUACAAGAGACGCAGGGUAUACUUAUGAUACACUUUCAGCCGUUUCGGGCGAGUGGAUGUGUCGAUUCCUCGAUUAUUUGCAGCACAAAUAUCUCUGCAAUGUAUCUCGAAAUCAUCUUAAAUCGAUAACAAUACCAAAAAAUCGAUUUCGCGGAAAAUAAAAUGCGAAUAAAAUGUAUAAAUAAGUUAUGAAUUUUUCUAAAAGCGUAAAAUGAUAAUUUUGUAACUCGCGAAUCUGAAUUGAUGAAUCCUCGACAUUUCAUCGAUGCAAUUUUAUUUUCUCUUUGACACGACAGGAAUCGACACCUCGUCCGAAUCACGAAAUCAAUAACAGCAGCCUGUCUGCGCAGAGGCAUGCCUUUUCUUACUCCGUCAUUAAUCUUUCGUCCCUCCCUCGCUGCUAUCGAUCUUUUUAACGGAAGUGCACGCGAUUCGAUAUUUCGGGGGACUCCGAGGGAGACGUCGAUCUCUCCUUCCACUCUCAUCCCCUCACGUGCUGUACAUAUACGUGUAUAUACUUGUAUACUUCUACUCUGUACUUAAGAGACGUCGCUGAGAGAGCCACAACAAGUGUAUAAUAAUCCAAUAUAACUGGAGAGACAACUAGCAUACUCCGUUUCCCGCUAAAAAAAGUAGCCUUACCGAUGAGUGACACAAACGAGGACAAGUACAUCUCUCCACCGACACUGACUCAGAGCCGUUGUAGAUUCCAAAUAAGUCGAUCGGAAAAAAUCCACGUCGAUCGUCCAACAUUCCCGUGGCUCUUUCGAGAGAAGCCCUUCCUCUCUUCCGCGAUUCUAGAUACGAACCGAUGAAAUCGGCUUCUAUCGUUCGUCGUUUUUACGUUGCAUUCACGCUUACCUGCAUGCAAGAGCUGAACGCGAACAUCUGAAAUACGUAAUUGUAUCGUGAAUCGUUCGAUCCGUGAGUAUUAUGCAAAAAAAUGACUUACCGAUUUAAUGACCGUCGCGGUUCGCAUCUUCCGGUACCAUCCGAACAUUCAUAAAUAAGUCUCGAUAUCAGUGAAGAUUCAUCGCGCGUUUCCGACCGGAUUAAUCUGUGAAAAAAGAAAGAAAUCGAUAAAUACCUUAUCUUGUACAGUAACGAGUCUCUAUCAUUUUUCAUAUUAGAAAUUAAUUAAAAAAGUCUUUUCAUUCCUUUAUCUAUCUAUUAAUAUUCAUCUCUUUCUCUCUCUCUCGCUCUCAAUGGAAUUUAAUUAAUUUUUUUCCUUAAUCAGAAUUGAAAUACAUUACAGAGAGAAUUUCUUAAUAUUUCGUAUUGUUUAAUUUAUUUUACAGAAUGGGGGAGAAUAAAAUAAUUAAAUAAUGAUGUGUCAUGCAAUGUAAGCCUAAUAAUAUCUUUUUAUUCGUUAUGCGAACUUUUCAAUAAUUGAAAAGUAUGUGCAUGGGAUUUCAAGCAUUUUUCGAAAACUUGGAUCAUUCGUUUGCAGUUUUCAUACAUAUAUAAAGUGUCUCUGAGAGAAAUUAUGAUAUCAUUAUUUAAACUUUUCUAAAAAAAGUAAGCCGAGAUCGAUUUCUUAUCUUUAUUAUUUAUCCAAACGCGCUUGUAUAAAGAAUAAAAAUUGAUACGUUAAAAAUAAAAAAAAAAGGAUACGGUAAGAAGUCAAAGAAAGCUUAAAAUUUUUAAAGAGAGAUUAGAAUUUCAAUUUUACAGAAUUUAUUCAGAUUAUUCCGAAUAAAUUCCUGACGAUUCUUUCUCUAAAGCAACUCUACUUGCGGGGCAACAAAGUGACUUGAAUAGAUACGCUGUUUCGAAGAUCGCGACGUAAACGCAAUAUAGUAUUUAGACUAGAGAGGAUAAAUGAAUGUGAAGAAAAGAGAAGAUCAAAGUGGAAUCACGCGCAACAAAAAAAAACGCGUCGUACGAUAUCAUUCGAAUG